GUCAAGGCAUACUGUUGUAAAUUGUUUAACGUAUGUAAACAAAAACGCGAGUGUUGUUUCAUACAACGUAAAAGAUGAAACAAUAAAAAAGUAUUGAUAAACUGGCUGAUUGUUACAAAAGAUUUUUCAAGGAGACUUACAGACCUUAGAAAAAUCGCCACAAUGGGAAAAGAAGAACAUCUUGACAAUUUUAAUUCAACAGCAAAUUUAACGAAAAACGCCGGUUUUGUGUCCUCAAUAAGUUUAGAUCCGAAAGACGGCGCUAACAAUGAAAAGGAAUAUAACCCUUUCGAACAUCGAAACUUAGCCCACCCUAAUUCAACAUUUGGGUCGAUCAUUCAUCUCCUCAAAGCAUGUCUAGGAUCUGGUAUUCUAGCUAUGCCGGCUGCUUUCAAAAAUGCGGGCACUGCGGCCGGGAUUGUAGGAACUUUAUUGGCAGGAUUUAUUUGUACUCAUGCAGUCCAUAUACUGGUAAAAACUUCUCAAGAGGCUUGCGUUAAUGCUAAGAAGCCUUGUAUGAGUUUCUCAGAAACAGUAGGCGCUGCUUUUAAAUAUGGACCAAAAAGGAUGCGACAUUUCAGUGGAUUUGCCAAACAAUUAAUUGACUACUCGCUUUUGAUAACGUACUUGAGUGUCCUGAUUGUAUACGCUGUGUUUAUUGGAGUUUCAUUUAAAGAGGUUUUGGAUGUAUACUACCCAGAAGGAAAUUUCUCAGUCCAAGUAUACUGUAUGUUGACACUCGUUCCGCUAGUGCUGAUUUGUCAGAUAAGGAACCUGAAGUACUUGGUGCCAUUUUCAGCACUUGCAAACAUAAUGAUUUCUAUAGUUUUUGCUGUCACAUUAUAUUAUAUGUUCGUGGACUUGCCUCCAGUCAGUGAGAGGGAAGUGGUAGCUAGUAUUUCAACUUGGCCGCUGUUUCUCAGCACAGUAAUAUUUGCCAUGGAAGGUAUUGGAGUGGUAAUGCCUGUUGAGAAUGAAAUGGCUAACCCAAAGAGAUUUCUGGGAUGUCCUGGAGUAUUAAACAUUUCUAUGGUGAUCGUGAUUUCUAUGUAUUGUAUUUUUGGAUUUUUCGGGUACAUUAAAUAUGGAGAUGCUGUAAAAGGAAGCAUAACUCUUAAUCUUCCUCAAGACCAAUGGGUUGCACAGUUAGCCAAAUUACUAAUGGCUCUAGUGAUGUACUUUUCCUUUGCACUACAAUUCUAUGUCCCUAUGGAAGGAAUUCAACGUCUAAUGCUGAGUAACUUGCCAGAAAAAUAUAUUAAUAUUGUUCAAAUAAGCAUCAGGACUAUUUUAGUGUCCAUCUGCGUUUGCGUCGCAGCGGCUUUUCCAAAUUUGGAGCUAGUGAUAAGUCUAGUAGGAGCUUUAUUUUUUUCAACCCUCGGAUUAUUGGUGCCAGCUAUUGUCGACACAGUUUACAAUUGGGAGAGAAAUUUGGGCAAAUUCUAUUAUGUUGCCAUCAAAAAUUUUAUCAUUUCUCUCAUCGGUGUUAUAACUUUAGUAUCUGGUUCCUAUGUAUCUAUUGUGGCUAUAGUUGAAGACCUAUCUAGUAAUCAUAACGAUACUAAAUAAAAAUCUUCUUUUAUAAAAAGUUGUAUAUAUUAAAAUAUAACUGAGUUUAAACUAAAUGAGUUAGUACAAAUGCAGGGUACAAACAUGUUAUUAUAACUCUUAGCUAAUUAUACUAGAAGAAAUGUAAAACAUGUAAAAAAUUUAAAAAAUAUUUUUAUAGUAUUUUUUUAAUAAAAAUAUCACUUGUUUAUAUUUAUUUAUUCAAAACGAAAUGUUUUUCUAGGUUAGUAAGAAUUAAAAAUAGAAGUGUGAAUAUUUGUGAACAUGUAUAAUAAAAAAAAAAAAAAUGUAGACAUUGCUUUCAAUUAUUUUUAGGAAUAUUUAAUUGCUAUUUUUCUAAACUUAUUUCCUUCUUAUCUCUUGUUAUUAUAUUUAUUUAUUAAUAAAGAAGAAUUUCAUCAUAA